AUGAUAAUAACUAUAGCUCCUGCUCAAGCGACUUUGCAUGGCACGACUGACACGUCAACAGUCAGACACGAUACUCCUCCAUUACAAACAGAGCUGUCUAGCGCUCACGAACACCACCAUUACCACUAUGACGUCGGGGCGGCGGAACUAGAAAUGUCGCAUCUUGAAUUCAAACGUGUCAUAUCCCUCAACAAACCUAUGGAGGUCGCUCUUCGUCACCUCGAAAAAUCUGGGUUAAAGGCAAUCAAGAAGAAGUUGUCACCCGACUUGGAUGAUGUGGGCCUUAACCGCAUCACUUUAAGAGACAUGAUGAAGAGGAAGACUUGCGUCCCGGAUGAAAGUUUUAGGAAUGAUGAUGGAUCACCUCUACAAGUCAUCGUAAAUGCACGUGUGACGCUAAAGCGUAAAUAUGAGGAUUCACCAGAAGUUCUAAGUAAUAUUGUGGAAAGUGCAGUAGAGAAAGCAUUCUCCCGGUGA